GCUUGGGCAAACUUCCAUAUUUAGAUCCACCCAAUGUUUUGUGCCUUGUGCUAGAUACAUCACAUAUCCAUUGUAUUAAAUAUAAAAAAAACAACAACAGCAGCAGCAGAAAAACACACAGCAUACAGGAAACGGAGAUCUUAAAGAGACUACAACGCAUUUCAUACAGCUGCUCGUUUAAACGUUAAAGAUUGUUUGGUGUGACACAGUCAUGGAAAGAAUGAGUCCCACCCACCUCAUUAAAUAUUACGCUGCGUGUCUCACGCUCGAGCGCAGCAGAGGUACUCUGUAUUUAGGAAGUGACGGGCCGCGGCUUAAACUGCAGGACAAUGAGUUAUCCAGGCUAUCCUCCACAGUCCGGCUAUCCUCCUCAGGCCGGUGGAUACCCACCCCAACCAGGGGCGUAUCCUCCAGCUGCAGGAGGUUACCCCCCUCAGCCUGGGAUGUACCCCCCACAGGCGGGUGGGUACCCUCCCCAACCUGGAGCUUACCCGCCCCAGCCAGGUGCCUAUCCUGGCCAGCCAGGGCCAUAUGCUGCUGUGCCUUCAGGUGAGCCACUGUACCACCAGGAAAUUGCACGUAGCAGGGUGUUAUUUGGUAGAGCCAGAAUGGUUAAUAUCCCUCAAAAUUUUCCAUCACAGGCAAAUCAGUUCGCAGCCAAUAGUGGAUUUACCCCAAAUCCAUCCAUGUUCCCUCAAGUGCCUGGUGGCUAUCCUGGCCCCCAACCUGGGGGCCCACCAGCCCCCUCCCCUAACCAGCCCUAUGGCAUGUACCCUCAGCCAGGAGGAGGUAUGCCCCAAGGUCCAGGAAUGGGAUACCCUGGAGGCCCACCCCCGGGUCAGCAGAUGGCGGGCUACCCAAAUGCCCCAGCACCCAAUCCGUCCAUGCCUAGCUAUCCCAAUGCACCCUCACCCAACCCGUCUAUGCCCGCAUAUGGAGGAGGUUACGGAGGAGGUGCACCUGCUGUUCCAGCUAUCAAUCGUGGAUUCAGAGGGACCAUGCAAGACUUCCCUGGUGCUGAUCCGCUAAAAGAUGCGGAAGUCCUCAGGAAGGCCAUGAAGGGCUUUGGCACUGAUGAACAAGCCAUCAUUAAUUUACUAGGAAGUCGCUCCAACAAGCAGCGUGUACCACUCUUGGUGUCAUACAAGACUGCCUAUGGAAAGGAUUUGAUUAAGGACCUGAAGUCUGAGCUUUCAGGGAACUUUGAGAAACUGGUGCUGGCCAUGUUGAAGACUCCAGCUCAAUUUGAUGCAUAUGAGCUCAAAGAGGCCAUCAAGGGAGCAGGGACAGAUGAGGCCUGUCUGAUUGAAAUCUUGGCCUCUCGCUCUAAUGCAGAGAUUCGAGAAAUCAAUCAAGUCUUCAAAGCUGAAAAUAAGAAAUCACUGGAGGACUCCAUUAGUGGAGACACAUCUGGACAUUUCCGCAGACUUCUGGUCUCUCUUGCUCAGGGUAACCGCGAUGAGAGUGAGAAUGUGGACAUAUCAGUAGCCAAACAGGAUGCUCAGGGUCUCUAUCAAGCAGGGGAAAAUAAACUUGGCACAGAUGAGUCCAAGUUCAAUGCCAUCCUGUGUGCUCGGAGCAAAGCUCACCUCAGAGCAGUGUUUCAUGAGUAUCAGCACAUGUGUGGCAGAGACAUUGAGAAGAGUAUCGAGAGGGAGAUGUCUGGAGAUCUGGAGAGCGGCAUGCUGGCUGUCGUGAAAUGCAUCAAGAACACACCGGCCUACUUUGCUGAGAGACUCUGCAAGGCCAUGAAGGGAGCAGGAACCAAGGAUCGCACUUUGAUCCGCAUCAUGGUGACCCGCUCUGAGGUGGACAUGCUGGACAUUCGUCAGGAAUACAUGAAGAAUUAUGGGAAAUCUCUAUACACAGCCAUAUCUGGAGACACUUCAGGGGAUUAUAAGAAACUACUGCUGAAGCUCUGCGGUGGAAGUGAUUAGACGAUACAGAUGCUUGCAGACACUCAGAGGACAUGAAGCCACACCACAAUUUCUAUACACCUUAUGCCUUAGUUUAAUUUGCACUCUAUUACAUAGUUGCAUGUUUUACCGUAGUCAGUGCAAAGGCACUUGUGUGCAUAUAUGCUGCACGUUACAUUUCAUGCUCUUUUAUUCAUAUAUUUUUAUUUUCAUGAGUAGCAAACUGUAUCUUUAUGUGCCUUCUACACUCAAAGUAGUGGCUUAGCAAAUUAUUGUUUAUAUCAGGAAGAGUGCAUAUAUAUUUGAUGUAUGCAUUUUCUCCAAGUAUACUUUGUUUGAAAGCUGAUUCAAGAAAAUUCUGGAUUAAGUAUUGUGCACAGAUCUGAAUGCCAAAAAUGUUUUUACACACUUAUGUAUUUUAAGAAAUAUACAUGUACUGGAGAAAAUGUGCCAUAAUUGUUAGGUGUAGUCAUCAUGUUCGGCAUAAAUUAACAUUUUAUAGUAAAGAAAUUUAUGUUUGCUG